UUGAAAAUCACCCACCACAAUUUCCUUCUCCCUUCUGCCACUUUAUAUUUAACAACCUCUAGACCCCACUGUUUCCCCUUUCCUUUUUAAUCACACAGACAAAUCACAUGUAACAAAUCAAAGACAACUCUAAAAAAAGAAUGUCUAGAUUUUUUUCACCCAUAAAAAUCAUCACCCCACACAGUUCUUGAACGCUACAACCAAAAAUUUAAUUAAUCUUAGCUAUGCCAUGGCCGAAAAAAUUAGACUAACUCUUUUCUUGGUACCUUUUAUUUUUCUAUCAAGAACAGUUUGUUCUGAUGAGUUUGUUUACUAUGGUUUUAAUGGAGUUGGUGCUCGUGAUAUAAGUCUAAAUGGGGUUGCUGAGAUUGUAAAAAAUGGUGCUUUAAGGCUAACAAAUGAAACAUCUAGAGUAGUUGGUCAUGCUUUUUACAAAAGUCCAAUCAAAUUCAAGAAUUCUAAAUCUGGUAAAGUUUCUUCCUUUUCUACUGCUUUUGCUUUUGGGAUUGUUCCAGAAUAUGCUAAAUUGGGUGGACAUGGAUUAGCUUUCACAAUUUCAAGAACCAAAGAGAUGAAAAGUGUACUUCCUAGUCAGUAUUUAGGCCUAUUAAAUUCAAGUGAUGUUGGGAAUUAUUCCAAUCAUUUAUUUGCUGUUGAAUUUGAUACAGUUCAAGAUUUUGAAUUUGGUGAUAUUAGUGAUAAUCAUGUUGGUAUUGAUAUCAAUAAUUUAGAGUCUAAUGCUUCAGUCAAUGCUAGUUAUUUUUCUGAAGGAGAUUCCACUAAGCAAAAUCUUUUUCUCCAGUGUGGCAAGACGAUUCAGGCCUGGAUUGAUUAUGAUUCAACAAAAAAUAUGUUGAAUGUUACACUUUCCCUUUCUUCAAAAAAACCAAGUUAUUCAAUUUUGUCAUAUCCUGUGGACCUUUCUCCAAUUCUUGAGGAAUUUAUGUAUGUUGGAUUUUCUGCUUCAACUGGUUUGCUUGCUAGUUCACAUUAUAUAUUUGGUUGGAGUUUCAAGAUUAAUGGGGAAGCUCAAAGUUUGGAUCUUGAUUCAUUGCCUUCUCUACCUCGACCUAAAAAGGAUCAGACAACUUUAAUUGUAGUUACCUCUUUAUCUGCUGUGAUCUUUCUUGCAUUUGGACUUAUUUUAGCCUUGUAUGUCAUUUGGAAAAUCAAGAACAUAGAUGUGAUUGAACCUUGGGAACUUGAAAUAGGUCCACAUAGGUUUUCUUACAAAGAGUUAAAGAAGGCUACAAGAUGUUUUAGAGAUAAAGACUUGCUCGGAUUUGGUGGAUUUGGUCGAGUUUAUAAAGGAACGUUGCCUAAGACCAAUACCGAUGUUGCUGUUAAGCGAAUAAACCAUGAAGCAAAACAAGGUCUCCAAGAAUUUGUAUCCGAGAUCGAGACAAUCGGUCGCCUUAGACAUAGAAAUUUGGUUCAGCUCAUAGGAUGGUGUAGGCGGAAAGGCGACUUGUUACUUGUUUAUGACUUUAUGCCUAAUGGAAGCUUAGACAAGUACAUUUACGAUGAGCCAAGAGUUAUUUUAACGUGGGAUCAGAGAUUCAAGAUUAUUAAAGGUGUGGCUUCUGGUCUGUUGUAUUUACAUGAAGAAUGGGAACAAACAGUAAUCCAUAGAGAUAUUAAAGCGGGGAAUGUUUUACUAGAUUCCGAAAUGAAUGGAAGACUCGGAGAUUUUGGACUUGCUAAGUUAUAUGAGCAUGGUGCAAAUCCUAGUACAACAAGAGUUGUGGGGACAUUGGGUUACUUAGCUCCAGAAUUAACCAAAACUGGAAAGCCCACGACGAGUUCUGAUGUUUUUGCCUUUGGUGCUUUGUUACUAGAAGUUGCUUGCGGGAGGAGGCCGAUUGAGGCGAAGGCAUGGCCCGAGGAGUUAAUCAUAGUGGAUUGGGUAUGGGAUAAAUGGAAGGAAGGUGCAAUUCUUGAAGUGGUUGAUCCGAGAUUAAAUGGCGAUUAUGACGAGAUGGAGGCCAUUAUGAUGCUUAAAUUAGGUCUAAUGUGUUCGAAUAAUACGCCAUCUAAGAGACCUAGUAUGAGGCUAGCGUUGCGGUACUUGGAAGGUGAGGUGGCGUUGCCAGAGACACUGGCAGCGCCCAAUGAAUAUGAUGGAAAAAAGGGUGGCCCUAAUGGAAUGGAGUUUGAAGACUUCGUACAUUCUUAUCCAUCCUCGUCUUAUUUAGAGAAAGUAAACACAUGGUCAUCGGCUUAUGAUGGUGAAGGAGAUCUCGAUAUUGAAGCUAAUCCGAUAACCCCGUUAACGGAUUCUGGCGGAGAGGACAACAGGUAGCCAUGCAAAAUGGAGGGACCAAACUCCCUCCAUAUUUUUAGUACUUCUUUUUAUGGUUUGAUUGUUUUACUUAAAUGUAAAUUAUUGCUUUUGAAAC